CUGCUGCUGCUGUAGCCGCUGUCGUCUCUCAACCAACACCCAACUCGACCGGCCGUUAAACGACCAACCCUGCUGAGAGCUGACAAGUGGCUUUUCACCCUGAUUUUAGGAGGUUGCUCUGCUGCUAUUUUCUCGACGAGGGCGUACUCUACUCUUGAAAAUUCGACAUUUGAAAUUCGACAUUCGGCACUCAGCAGUCUGGAACUCUCGUUGGGCAGGAGCCACAGCCUGGAGCAGUACAAUCUGGUAGCGCUUCACGAGUUCAUCGGGCUCCAUUCCGCAACAUCUCAUCGUCGUCAUCUUCUACAACGUCACCGGCUUGCCCAAUCAUCUCUCGCGGCUUUACAUCCAGCUCGUUGACUUCCGGUUACAAUCAAGUGAAACCGAUAUUCGUCGCUUCAAGCACCAUUUAUCAGCUUCUAGUCAGAGGCUCGUUACGACCAGGCUUCGCCCCAACCUGCAAGCAUGGCUUCAACACCGGUCCCCAGCCCGGCCACGCCUCCCUUCGACCAAGCCACGCAUAACCUCACUGGCAACUUCACUGGCAACUUCAUUGACGGAAACUCUACCUCCGCCGCUCUUGAAUGGGAUCUUUACGUUUACGCCAGCUUCUUCACAAUGGAGGCCAAGCUCAUCUUCAGCGCCUUGGCCACCAUCUACAUUGGCGCCCAUGGUUCCCUUCGCCGUCCCCCUUCCGCCGCUCCUGCGAAGCGUAAGAAAGGGGAGCGUGAGCGCAAAGAGGACGAGCCUAUCACCGAGGGUCUCUUGCCCACCGAUGCCAUUCUCUUUCCCCUCUUGGCCGGCGCCAUGCUGAUCGGCCUAUACUACCUCAUCCAGUGGCUCCAGGACCCGGCCAUCCUCAACAAGAUCCUGCGGGUGUACAUGUCCAUCAUGGGCGUCGCCAGCUUGUCGACCCUGAUCGCGCAUUCGCUGCGGGUUGCUGUGGAAUUCCUCUUCCCCAACUACUUCCGCCACAACCGUUCGCUGUACCGCGUCGACGCCGAUGAUGAAUCAUUCGUCAAGUUCACGGGGGAGGACGUAGACCGAAGCAACGCGCAGUUUCUCCAGAAGAGCAACCCGUUGCCAUUCGGUCUUCGCUCUUUGUUUCCGUUCAACACAAUCAAGGUCAACCGAUUCCUCUGGGACUUACGCCAUGUCCUUAAGGACGAGUGGACGGUAAGGACCAAGGUUCACGGCCUCUUCCACGAAAAAUUCCACAUCUCCGUCCUCCACAUCAUCGGCUUUAUCCUGGCUGUCACGGCUGUUUUCACCUACUUCAUGUCUGGGUCGCCCUUCCUCUCCAACCUGAUGGGCUACGGCUUUUGCUACGGCUCGUUCCUGAUCAUGUCCCCGACGACCUUUGCCACCGGAAGCUUGGUAUUGAUGGGUCUCUUCUUCUACGACAUUGUCAUGGUCUUCUACACACCGUACAUGAUCACCGUCGCCACGAAGCUGGAUGUUCCCAUCAAGCUCCAGUUCCAGUCUGCUGCUAGGUCUAGCAUUCUCGGUCUCGGAGACAUCGUUGUCCCUGGCAUCGUCAUGUGUCUCGCUCUCCGUUUCGACAUGUGGCGACACUAUCAACGACAGAUCAAGUACGUCCCCACCGACUUGAAGUCCGACCAGCGCGACGCCGACUCAGGCGACGUUGUCACCGUCAGUGAAACCCAGCACAUGGCCCAGAAGGCUACUUACCUCGACACCACCGGAUGCUGGGGAGAUUGGUUCUGGUCGUCGUCAUGGCUGGGCCUGCUCAAGGGUGGCCAGGAGAUGUCCCCGCCGAGUGUUCGGGGGUCAACUUUCAGCAAGACCUAUUUCAACGCCUCUUUGAUUGGCUACACCCUCGGCAUGCUGUUUACCCUUUGCAUGCUUACCAUCUUCAAGCACGGCCAGCCCGCGCUAUUGUACCUCGUCCCUGGCGUACUAGGCUCCUUGUGGCUGACUGGCCUCGUCCGAGGAGAGCUCAAGGAGAUGUGGAUGUAUACCGAAGACGGAACACUGGACACGUGCGACGUCGUGGUCGAGCUCGACGGCAACGGCAACGUGGUCAAAGAGAUCAAGAAGGACACAGAGAAGGAUGAAGACGAUAAGAAGAAAAUAGCCGAGGACCAGAAAGCCGAGGAUGAGAAGAAGGUGGCUGGCAAAAAUGAGGCCGAGAAGACUGAGUACAGCAUAGCAGAGUUCUCCAUAACUGCCCCGCUUAGGAAGCCAAAGACGCAGUGAUUUCAGAACGCGAUCCAGAUGGUACAGAUAAUUAAACAUGGGAAUAGGGAGGGAGGAGCUUUGAAAGGCAUGCAUCGGCCGGCGUUGAGGUAUAGACUCGAAUCUGGUCAACGAGGUACCCGCACUGCGUUGGCAUCUUUUGAUUUCGCUUGCAUGCUUGAGGCAAGGUAGCUAUAACC